UUGAACGAUUCACAGCGUUUAGGGAUUGUAGUUUACCUGGUACACUAGAGAACGCAAAAGCCCAUUUGUAUCUACUAAAACGGACUACACGUCCCAAGCUGCUAAUUGACGUUGUUAUAGUCAUCGUUUUACUCGAUGCGAGAAAAUAGAUGUUGUUAAAUUCCACGAUAGAUACACACGGCUAAUAAAGAAAAACUUUUGACUGUUAUUGUAAUGUUUUGACAUCAUGGAGGUAAUCGAGACAAUUGUGAUACAAAGUACUGAAGUAGAAGGAAAGGAAACGGUCGUGUCCAGCGUGGACACCGAUAAAACCAAAGCAGAAUUUAUAUGGACACUGCAGGCUACAUGGCACCUUGUCAACACCAGACUUGAAAUGGACCAGGCUUUUGACCAGCCUGUAUGCAAGAAAAAGAAACUUUGGGAGAUGGUGGCUGAGAAAGUAAAUACCAAACUGAGGGAGUCUGAGGUCACUGAUGUAACUGUGAAGGCGUACGAAUGUGACCUCAAGUGGAGAAACAUGCUGGCCACGUACAGGAAGAACGCUGAGAGGGCCAAGAGGCUGGGGGCGGCCAGCGUCCACUGGGAGUUCUUCAAGACAAUGCACGAGGUCUUGGGUAAGAGCAGGGAGGAGAUUGAAGCUCAGCGAAGAGCCAAGCUCAAUGGCACAAGAGUGGGCAAGGCCAUAGCCAGCAAGAGGUUUACCCCUAUUCUACCUACACCUCCUGCUACAGCUGCUCCCUGCACUGCCCGGCCUCCACAGGACGUCCUACAGUUGUACAUGGAGCUGCAAGAGAGGAAAAUGAACAUGUGGGCCCAGCAGAAAGCCCUGGAGGAGAGGAAAAUUGAGGCUAUUAACAACCUGGCCCAGGCCAUCUCUAGCCUGGCUCAGAAGAACAACACACCGAUGUCAAAGGAUGGACAGUAGGCCACAUGAAGUGGAUCUGAACUUCUGUGUGUUGUUUGCUCGUACCAAAAACUUUUAUGAUACUGCACAAGGAAAACAGUUUGAGUGUGUUUUUUAUAAACAUUUUUUUUAGGCACAUUUUUACUAUUAUACUGAGUUUUAAGAAUAGGCCAGUCUGAGUUCAGAAAAUGGGUCGUAUGAAACACAACAAACCACACCCUGGCCGGGCAACUUUUGUUUAUUCUGCAAGCAGAUUACGUGCCUCCUCAAAUUUGUCCUUAUCUGUUGAUGCCCUAAUGGAUGUAAUCAUUUCAAUCAACCACUUAUUUUUAUACCAAAAGAGAAGAAUGAAUUACUGACUGAUUGUUUGAUGCAGAGUAAGAAAAACUAAAAUAUUACUCACAACUAAGGCACCCUACCAUCACUGCACUAGUUAUUUAUAAUGUAAAAAAGAUUAUGCUGGCCCCAAAAGUAAAAAAAAAACCCUGAAAUGAUCACGACAUGAUUAUGAUCAUUGUUCAAGGGAAGUCACAGUUGGAAUAAAACCCAUUCACAUUUUUCAGUGAAAACAAUACAGAUACUUAUACUGAUAAUUAUUCCUAAGAGGUAAAAAAAUAAUUCUUAGACAAACUAAUAGUGUUAAUGUAUCAAUAAUAUACACUUACAGUAUUAACUUCACCAUGUAAUUAAUACUACUUUUGUGAAAGUUGUGUCUGCCCUAUAGACUUUAUAUUGUCAGCCAUGAGGUGGUGGACAGAAUAUUAGAAAAAACGUCAGUGCUCUCCAGUGGUCACAGUGAGGAACUGCAAUAUUACAUUUUUUUCUCGGUUUUAAUAUCUAUAGUCAACAUUAAUAUAUCGAUACGCAACUCCAUGUGAUUAUUAUAGAUAACGACAGUAACAUCAUAUCUGCCGAUUACUGUAUUAACAUACAGUUUUAAAGUUAAAAUGGAAAUGUUCACACCAGCGUCAAAGUAGAACCAAUAUCAUACACUCACUUCCAGUCACCACUUUCAAAAUAAAAUGAGUGAUGAACUGGAUAUAGAAAGAAAUAAUACACUAUUGCCCAUUCAUUUACUUAUUUUUUUGGCAAUUUGUCAUGUGUCCCUUUGGGCACCCCAUAGUUUUUUAAGAGCCUGGUAAAACUGAUUAGUCAUAAGUUAAGACACUUUUCACUGGAUGUUAUUUGUGUUCCUUACCCAUAUGCUUUAUUAUGCUACAUUAGAGACAUUUAUUGGCUGUUACAUGUACUUUCACUGUGAUGAAGAGGAACAGUAGAAACACACUGGUAUUUAUAUACAUCUGCAGCCGAAGAGUAUUUUGUGUGAUUACGUUUUAAUUUUUUUCAUUUGUAAAAUGGGGUGAAACUGUUCUGGAAAAAUGUAAACUCUUUGUCCAGUAUCAUUUGUCAUCUCCAAUUUGGUAAACCACAGUAAUAAUUAUGGAUUAUCAAGAUUUACAGUAGACAACUGUUACACACCGUGUAAAUGCCUUGACAGGAAAUAUAUCCCUGAGUGUUAUGUGUGCAGACAGUAGAGACUCUGUUAAAAUAAACCUUUAUAUUACAAAACUGUACAUUUACAUCAAGGAACCCAAGUUUCCCACCACACAUCACAUCAUGUGCUUCCAGAAUUAACGUUUUUAAACAACAAAUCUGAGAUGGCGUUCCGUCUGUGUACACCCUCUUCAUCUACUUCCGUCUGUCCCUCUUGGAUUAUGGCUUCCUCUUUCUCAACUUCUCCUUGUACCACUUGUCCCAUGUCCAAAAACACAUUGUGCAACACACAGGCU